AUGUGGCAUUUCGGAGCUCUGACAAUCUGCUCCAAAUGUUUUCCGUAUUUGUUCAGCCUCCUUGAUUCAAAUACCAGGAGCAACUCAGCCGGCACAAAGCGAAGCUUUGGGGGGGCAGAAAAUUUGCACCCCCAUCGGCGUGAGCACGCCCACUCACGUGAAAGCCCAAAGCCCGCCGGCAUGGGAAAGGAGGAGAAGAAAGCCCGGCACAGCACGUCCCCGAAUAGCCAGAGCCAGACAGGAAAGGCACCCGGAGGGGAGAAAACCACCGACUCGACGCAGGAGUCCGCGAUGAAGAAGAAGAAGAAGCAGAAGAAAGCCAAGGGGGAUCCCAAAAGUGGCCAGGAGGAGGAAUCCCACACUUGUUGUGGCUGCCGUUUCCCGCUGCUGUUUGCGUUGCUGCAGCUGGCGUUAGGCACCUCUGUAACAGUGCUGGGCUUCCUUAUGGCAGGCAUCAGUUCCUCUCUGCUAGUCAGAGACACUCCAUAUUGGGCUGGGAUAAUUGUCUGUGUGGUGGCCUUAGUGGGAUUUGUUAUGCUUUGUAUUUCGUACCAACCCGAUGAGAAGACGUGUGCACAGUUCACAGUGAAGCUGCUGUAUUUUCUCCUGAGUGCCCUGGCCCUGGUUGCCUGUGUUUUGGCAGUGGCUUUUGCUGCACACCACUACUUGCAGCUGACCAAGUUCACUUGCGACACUGUCCGGGAGUCCUGCCAGUGCAAACUGGACCCUGCAGACCCCCUCGGCCGCACCUUUGUGUACCAGGACGCAGCUGACUGUGGCAGCCUGACCAGCAUGCUCAGCCUGUACCUCCUUCUGCAGAUGGCUCUGAACCUGGUGGCAGCCCUGGUGUGCCUCCUGAUGUGCUUUGUGGUGUGGAAGCACCGAUACCAGGUCUUCUACGUGGGCGUUCGCUUCCAGCCUCUCACAGCCGCCCAAGGCACUGGGCAGCAAGUGUAG